AUGAACACACACAAGCGCGACAGAAGCAAACCACCCAGCAAAGCGUCUGGGCGAACGAAUGCCAUCCAGAGUACACUGGGCACUGCGGCGAACCCGCCAUCACUGCCGGUAACUCCAGAGCGGCGACAGGCAGCAAUGCAGACCAGUAGCAGCACGGGCAGCAAGUUCAUCAGUGUCCCCAGGACGGGUGGGCCAAUUGAUCGUGGCACAUCCAUUGUCCUUCGCUAUUCGGCGCACUCUGCCGGGUCGGAUUCGUCCGUUCUCACCAACAACAAACGCAAGGUGCCACGGCUGUCGGCCAAACGUCAACCGGGCAAACCGUUCUCCGCCGGUCUCGGUGCGAAGCAGGCCUGUAGCCGUCCAUGUCUCGUUCGGAAGUCGCUACCGUCGGUUGUCGUUGCUGGUGCCGGGCGGCUCACGCGUCCGAGCGGUGUACCACCGAUCGUUGUUACCACCGCCACAACGAACAGUGAUAAUUCCAGUGACUCCAUUCACGGCUUCGAUCGUAGCGGUGACAGUACCGAGCUUGUAAAGCUACAUCAACUGGCGGAUGCGCAGCAGGCCGAGUACGGUGCGACACCGGACAACUAUCAACCAUCGUCCAUCGGUCAAUAUAGCUCCGAAGUACAGCAGCAGCAACGGCAGACAGGUAGCAGUGGGAUGGUUGCCACAACAGGGUCUCCACUGUCCCAGAGUCUGUCACCUGCGACGGGAUCCUCACCGCCGCUAUCGAUCUCAACAAACGUAACGCUUAAUACGCCCUCGGUGGCGAACUCCACCGGCAGGCAGGGCGCAUCCGUCGGUAGUUCGCGUACCGGUAGCACCACCGGCAGUAAUCGAACUUCCAACACCGCUGCUGCAUCCGGGCUUGGUGCCGAGGGUAGACAUGUCCCCUUUCGCCUGACAGCCAGCAACGAUUGGAACUGUAUGCCGGGCGGUUCGCCCACCCACACCAGCGUCAGGGACGGGAAGGUACAGCUGCAGAUUGUCACGCAACCGGAGCAGCAGCAUCGGGCCCGCUACCAGACGGAAGGUUCCCGGGGUGCGGUGAAGGACCGUAGCGGCAACGGGUUCCCGGUGGUGCGGCUCGUCGGUUACAACAAACCCACCGCACUGCAGGUGUACAUCGGUUCCGACGUGGGACGUCCGUCGCCCCACAUAUUCUACCAGGCGUGCAAGGUGUCGGGCAAGAACUCGACGCCCUGCAUCGAGCGCAGCAUAACCGGUACGAAGUACAUCGAGAUACAGCUGAAGCCGGAAAACAACAUGACGGUGACGUGCGACUGUGUCGGCAUACUGAAGGAGCGCAACGUGGACGUGGAGUACCGGUUUCCGGACCAGACGGUGUCACGCACCAAGAAAAAAUCCACCCGAUGUCGGAUGGUGUUCCGCACGAACAUUCUCUGCGAUGACGGUACGGUGGAACUGCUACAGGUGUGCUCGCAACAAAUCAUCUGCACACAACCACCGGGUGUACCGGAAAUAUCGAAAAAGUCACUAAACUCCUGCCCAGCGGACGGUGGACUCGAGAUUUUUAUUAUUGGCAAAAACUUCCUCAAGGAUACGCGCGUAGUCUUCCAGCGUCCAAAGGGUAUGUUAACACAGUCGGCAUUCGCGCGCACGGCGGUACAAAAUUCAACUGCCUGGGAGCAAUCGGUCAUCCCCGACAAGGAGCAUCUUAAUCAGAUACAUCUAAUCUGCGUAGUGCCCCCGUACGAACGGCAAGAUAUUACCGAACCGGUCACAACCAAAUUGUACAUCACGUCGAGUGGCAAAAAGAGCGAAACGCAUGACUUUAUUUACACACCGAAAGGUGAGCAUACGACGCUCAGUGCGGCGACCGUAUCAUCAUCAGCACGCCGCAACAGAAUAAAUACGGCAGCAGAUCAACAACUGCAACAGCAGCAGCAGCAGCAGCAGCAGCAACAACAACAACAACAGCAGCAGCCACAAGCGCAACCAACAUCACACAACUAUUUUAGCGAGCUUGCUGCUGCCGCCAUCGGUAACGGUUCCGGAUUGGAAAAUGGCGCUACCGUAAACGUUGGUGCGAACGCAGACGGUGCACUAGCGGUGGCGAAUGCUAAUGCGGCCAUUAAUGCGAUUGCCGCCACCGUCGUCUCAUCGUCGGCAAUGGGUGAGCUGCCGGGACCGAACGGGACUGCCGGGCGUUUCGUCUGCAACGGAAAUCGCAAUGAAGCCGUAUCACCGUUCGAUGAGCCAAACGUUUGCGGCAGUCGUCCAAUGUUUUUGCAAACUUCCACAUCGCUCGAGAUCGCUGCAAAGGGCAUGAUGCCGCCACCAAUCAAUGUGCUGCCAUCAAUCAGUGGAGGAGCUGCAAGUAUUAUACAACCGCAGUGCCAUUCGGGUGUAACGAUUGGCGGUGGUAACGAGCAGCAGUACUCGGUGUCGUUGUCAUCACCGCAACAGGUACAACCCACAGAAGCAUUUAAAGCAGAAUUGGUCGAGCCGGAGUGCAGCCGUAGCGAUAUGGUCGAUGAGGACUCGCUGGACGGUGUCUACCGGCUACCGACCGGCGGAAGUAUUUUGUAUCGUCGACGAAGCGUGCGUCAACCGAGCAUGGACAUGGAGGACAGCUCAUCGUCCAUGUCACUGCUGGCCAAUGGUAAUCACAUGCUGGACAUGCCACUCGCGGAUGGAGGAGGUCCUGGUGGUGGAGGUGGCGGCAGCAGUGGGGUUUCGAUCGGUGCGCAGCAUUUCGACACGGUGAUGAACAUUGCCACCAUGGCCACAUUCUGUAGCAGUGCCAACUUGUCCAUGGCGCUGAUGGACACUAACUAUAUGAGCGGUGAGUCGUUGGACACAUCAAAAAAUCCUUUACCGUCGGAAUGCGAAGUGAAAAAUAUUGUAAAGACAGAGACACAAGCUCCACCGCAGCUAUCAUCACCCUCACCAUCUAAUAUGCAGCUCAGCCAGUUGAUGGUGGUUGCAUGUAAUGACUCUAUAGCUACACAGAUAGAAGCAAAAUGCCUGCAACAGCAGCAACAACAACAGCAGCAACAUGUCCAACAACAGCAAGCUGCACUGCUGGAUAUUUCUAACCUAACGGUGCCAAAUGAUGCUGCUACGGUGCAAAAUAUGCUACAGCAGCAAGAUGUGCUGUUAGCAUCUACCGCCCCCACAUCAACAUCAUUCUUACAGCAGCAACAACAACAGCAUGAGCAACAUCUCCAUCAACAGCAGGGACAGCAUCAACAUCAUCAGCAGCAGAUACAACAACAACAACAACAACAAAUGCAGCAACAACAGCAACAGCAGUUACAGCAACAACAUCAACAGUUACAGCAGCAGCAGCAGCAACAGCAACAACACCUGCAACAGCAGCAGCAACAACUGCAACAGCAGCAGCUGCAACAGCAACAACAACUGCAGCAGCAGCAACAACUGCAACAGCAAGAACAACUGCAGCAACAGCAACAACUUCAACAGCAAGAGCAGUUGCACCAUCAUUUACAGCAGCUGCAACAGCAGCAACAGAUGCCUGCCGAAAAAAUGGACGUCGGUAUGGUUAGCGGUUCGGUUGUUGUGUGUGAUGGGAUGUUGAUGAACAGCCAGCUUGCCCAACAACCGAUGGAUACAUCUGCUCCAUUAUCUGCUGCGUCAGUUAUGGGGGCAAUGAGCGUGCAGAUGAGCAGCGUUGUUGGUGCCGGGGCUGGUGAAAUACCGCCAGUUAACAGAGUAACCACCGUCGAGCCGCAACGUAUCGAGGAUACACAGAGCAGCGAGGCAUCCAUUGCGAUGGAUUCGAUCGGCCUCAACACGGCUCAGGAGGUAUCGCUGGCGGAAGAGUCCCGUGCUCUAGCCUCGGAACUAACGUCGAUGUCUGAAACGGAGCUGAUGAACUACAUAUGUCCGAGCGCUUUCGAUUCCGUUUAACGCUGCACAGAGGCUAAAUAGAAUACAACAACAGCUAUACAUUGGAACAGUAUGUAAGUAAAUGGUAUGACAGGAACCAUUUGGAGGUGUGAAGAGGCGUGCUACAAUAUACCAAACAUUCUAUUUAGCAGUCCAUGCUAAUUUUAUGCAUGUAAAGUGUGCUACAAGCACACAACUAUUAUGUUCGUUUCGAUUGUUAUGUCUGUUUAACGUUCUAGUACCACUUGUCAAAUGUAUGUGGCCCAGAUGUGCUGAUUUAGACAGACCAGGAUUAGCCAAAAUAGCUGGACAUGUUAGAGGGUGUACAUACGAAAUUCCGCUGGAUUUCGAAAUCGAAAUCCUUAAAAAACGUGACCAACCAAUUUGAGAGAUCUGUUCGUGGUGGUAAAAAUAUGAGUUAUUUCCGAUUUCAAGAACCCGUUUCAUUUAUUCCACAGAAAUCGAAGCAUUGUUCAGAUUAGUUAUUUCAAUUUUCAAAUGCAGCUUUAUGCCCUUAGGAGAUUUGGAAACGUGCUGAAUCGAUUGCCGUACUCAAAUGAAUAAAUUUAGAAAAAUGGGUCAAAUUUUCAAGCCAAUUGACGUUGCUACAUUUGUCAAGUGGAAAUGGACGUUAAGUUUUGUUUUGUUUGGUAGCAACAUAGUUGCGUUCAAAAGAUUAUAAGGAAGCUCGAGAAAAAAAAAUUAAACAGAGGGGAAUUUGAGUAAGCAACCUAGUUCCUACAGGAACAUGGACAAUGGUCCAUGGUUUAAAUAGUUUGUUUUAUGUUUUAUUCACUUUGCGUUAGUGUUGUAUUGCAAAAACUCAUUACGUUUGCCAUAAUAAUUCUCUGAGUCAUGUUGUACUAGGAAGAAAGAUACAGUAUACAAUUCGCUCGCCCGGUAGAUUAAAAGUAGGCACGCCACGAUUCGAACGUACAGAUAACAGGCGGUGGCUGCCAUGUAAUGCUAUGGUUUAAGUACGCAAAACGAGAGAAAGCUAUUUUAAAUGAGAGUAUUUUUCGCUAUUAGAGUGAAACCACACAAUUAUAAUUGUAUAUGUAUUCUAUUACACCGUCAUGCGAUUCGUCACUAGACACGUACUCCAACCUUUUUAUACUAACACGUACAUACAGUUUAGCGAUUCUUCUCUUCGGAUUCUCACCUGUGCGGAGACUCCUUUAAUGGCACCAGUAAAUCCCAUCUUCAAACAUAAAUGCACACAUAUUCACUGUAACACAUACACACAUACCCAUAUCCAAUCACUCAACCUAUAUAAAAAGGCGGUGGAGACAACGAAACAUCAAAGCCUGACUAUACAAUCUAUAAGAUAUAGCGUAACGAUGCGUGUAAGAGCGUUUAAAACCAAAGUGAGACUUUGAUCCGAUAGACAAAAUAGGGACAUUCGAGGGUGGAAAAAGCAAAUCACUUAACAUUUAAAACGAUAUGGCUGUUAACUUUUUUUUGUUUUUUUUUGCUUAGUUAACUAUUUAAAUUCCAUACUUGCGCGUAAGCGAAACGAGGACGUUAAAUUACUUAAAACUCAUACAUGAAUAAGUUCCGAAUCGAAAGGACGAAAAGAUUAAACUAAACAACGAAGCAUAGCAAACGAAUCGGGAUCGAUGAUAUAUAAGCUAAUGUACAAGAAACAGAACAGAAGAACGCGCACACACAAAAUGCAGACUGCCAUAUAUUCCGUAUAGCGUUUAGCUCGUAAGGAUCUAGCAGUGAUUUCGAUUCACGCAGCGUUAAAAACCCCGCACAUUGCUGUGCAUUCGUUGCUUCAAUGCAGUACAGCUCGAUACGGAGUACGUCCGAAUAGUGUAGCUUUAUUUUCCUGCCAUCCACGUCGGGUUUACACGGUGUAAGCAACGCAAAUGCCUAAUUUUGAUAGCUCCACAGUUGGUGGAUAGCAUUUUAACUAGGAAGACAAACGAAACAAUUGUGUUGGUUGUGCGUUGCCCUGACUGUGGCGGUACUACAGGCGGGUGGUUCAGACGGCCGAACCCAGGGUUAUAUUUCGUGGUCGUACACUUCUGCACGAACACUCGAAACAGACUGAACUUGAGUUCCACGAACUUGACAUCGAGUCACGCGCAGAUAAGUAUAAAAAUUCGCACUGGUAGUAGUGCUGCGGUGCAAGUUCUAAAAUACACUCUUGGAGUGCUACUAGUUGAAGAGAGAGAGAUAGAGAAAAAGAAACAGAAUGAGAGAAAUAGGGAGAUAAACAGAGAGUGAAAGGGGUUUAAAAACAGAAACAUUAGUCCAAAUUGAACGAAAAGUCUUAAUUAACAAACUUUACAAAGGCCAAACGAUUAUGCGAUAAUCGGACGUAAAUUAAAUAUUCUAGGGUGAUAACCGAAAUCAACAAAGCACGCAAAUCAAAACUAUUCUAAGUGUUUUUUUUUAUCUCCCAUUUUUCCAAUUUAAAUCUUUAAUUUUCAUUAGGCACGACUUUGAAAGAGCAAAAGUUUAUCACGUAUUUACUAUUCAACAAAUUGAAAAAAAUGAAAAGAUGUUGGAAUGGUCCAAAGUAAUUUUUUUGUUUUGUUAUGUUUUAAUAUUUUAUACAUGUACGUAUUAAGAUAGUUUAUGCGCAUGAGAAGAGUUUAUAUGAACGUUAUUUACAUCGGUUACCUUACAGUGAAGGGGUUUUGUCUUUUGCCUUCCCAUCUCGAACACUAAGCAAAAUGUUUACAGUGCAUGUUGUAUGAUGCGCGCUAUACAUAAGGUGAAUCGUAUUUCGGAUGAUACAUAUUUCAUUACUGUGAACUGUUAAAAUAAUCGAUAAAUUCCUCAACUGUUCUUUUUUAUUACGCAUGCUAUAUUAGAAAGCUGUCAAUUAUUAUUGUCAGGCUGACGUUAAAGAAAUUCAUUGAGUGCUGCAUUUGAUGCUACGGAAGGUGAAAGGGUCAACGAACAAGGAAUCGCAAACAGGGUUUUCUACAAAAGGAACUGAAUUUUUCUAUAUCUAUAUAAAAACGUUUUUGUCACAAUGUCUUGAAGUUGAUACUACAAAAGCGAAAACAAAACAUUAAAAAAAAAGAUUAUAACUCGCACACAACUCGUGUUACGGUUUUAGGACAUUCG